AUGCCCUCUCUUCAGGUCUCCUCGCGGAUACAGGAAGUCCGGGAUCUGGAGAAGAAGGACCCCUCGAAGGCCGCCAGCGGUUAUCAGAAGAUCCUCUCUGAAGGCCCGGGGUCGACAGAGGCCUCGUCGCGGGAUUAUGAGCAUGCGUUAAUUGGGCUUGGUCAGCUCUAUCGGGAUGCGAAGAAGCCGCAAGAGAUUGCGGAUCUCAUCAAGACCAGCCGUGACAGCUUUUCGUCAUUUGCCAAAGCGAAGACGGCCAAGCUGGUCCGUCAGCUCCUGGACCUCAUCAGCGAAAUCCCCAAUACCCUCGACCUCCAAGGCGCUGUGAUCCAAUCAUGCAUAGACUGGGCCAUCGCUGAGCGACGAUCGUUCCUCCGACAAAACCUGCAGGCACGCUUGGUCGCAAUUUACAUGCAGAAGCAAUCCUACUACGAUGCUCUCACCCUCAUCAACUCCCUUCUCCGCGAGCUCAAGCGCUUGGAUGACAAACUCAUGCUGGUCGAGGUGCAGCUGCUCGAGUCGCGUGUCUACCAUGCCCUAGGCAACCAGGCUAAGGCCCGCGCCGCCCUGACAGCAUCCCGAACGUCAGCAGCAUCCGUUUACACACCGCCUAACCUGCAGGCGAGCCUUGAUAUGCAGAGUGGUAUGCUGCACGCCGAGGACAAGGACUUCAACACGGCUUUUUCAUACUUCAUUGAGGCACUGGAGGGGUAUAACUCGCUCGACGAAGGGGAUCUGGCCACCGCGGCCCUGCAAUACAUGCUCCUGUGCAAGAUCAUGCUGAACUUGGUGGAUGAUGUCACGCAGUUGCUUGGCUCGAAGCAGGCCCAGAAGUACGCUAGUCCACGUCUGGAGGCCAUGAAGGCCGUGGCGCGGGCCCACGCCAACCGAUCUCUGGAGGAGUACGAGAAAGCUUUGUCAGACUACCGCUACGAACUUGGCAGUGAUGCGUUUAUCCGGAACCACCUCCGUCGUCUCUACGAUGCCAUGCUGGAGCAGAACUUGAUCAAGGUGAUUGAGCCCUUCAGCCGAGUGGAGCUGGACCACAUUGCCAAGAUGGUUGGGUUGGAUACGCAGCAAGUGGAGCGUAAGCUGUCGCAGAUGAUCCUAGACAAGGUGAUCAUUGGCGUGCUGGACCAAGGGUCGGGGUGUCUGAUCGUGUACGAUGAAACGGAACGAGACCAGGCAUACGACGCCGCUCUGGAUACGAUCGAGAAACUGAGCAAUGUGGUGGAAGGGCUGUAUACUAACCAGGCGUCGCUCCUGGAGUAG